AUGACCUUUGACCUGACCUCUGACCUCGGCGAUAAUAACUCGCGAGAUUUCUGGUCGAGAGAAGCGCGGCCCUCCCAUACCCGUGCCCACCCUUGCCCAUACCCCGUGCCCCAAGCCCUUGCCCAUACCCCGUGCCCCACCCUCCCAUACCCCGUUGCCCCAAGCCCUUCCCAUACCCCGUGCCCCAACCCCCUUGCCCAUACCCCGUGCCCCAACCCUUGCCCUAACCCCGUGCCCCCCCUUACCCAUACCCCGUGCCCCAACCCUUACCCAUACCCCGUGCCCCAACCCCUCACCCAUACCCCCGUGCCCCAAGCCCUCACCCAUACCCCGUGCCCCAAGCCUUACCCAUACCCCGUGCCCAACCCCUCACCCAUAGCCCCAACACCCAUACCCCGUGCCCCAACCCCUUACCCCUACCCUAGCCCCACCUUCCCCAAACCCCCGCGUCGCCCUAAAGCACGUGAUCUUAUCCUCUGCCUCUUAAGGUCGCCCUCAAAGCACGUGAUCUUAUCCUCCACUUCAUUUUCCUCAUUAAGUCUUGGCAUCGAGGAUUAG